AUGGCCAGUCCCGCACAGGGCACACAAAAUGACAAUCUGGCAUCCUUGUUAGAUUCAUGGAAGCAAAUAUGUGUUGAAGGAUUUUUAGAUGACUUACAUGCGUACGCGAACUCUAUAUCAGACGUCCAGAAAGAGGCACUUCUUGCACGGAAAAAUCUCGCCGAUCGUACUCGUGAAUUCAAGCGCCAGGAACCUGAGACACAAUUGGAGGGUAUUCGUGCCCUACUCAAGUCGUAUCAAUCCCAAAUUGAUGCACUUACGACCCGUGCUAAACAGGCCGAGACACUUGUACUUGAUGCGCACGCCCGGCUCGUCCAAUUACGCGAUCCGUCCCAGCAAUUCGAGAUGCUGCAUGAAGAGCUUGCCCAUGCUCAAGAGCAUCUCCAACUCAGAUCUGACUACUCGCAACUUUUUGCUGAACGACGUGAUUUAGAGCAGCAACUUGCGCAGGCCGAGGCUCGGGCCGUGGCAUUGAGUGAGCAGGCUGCUCAAGCCUCUUCUGAAACACAAGCGAUGAUUUCCAAGGCUGUAGCGGCUGCGACCCAACGUGCCUCUGAACGAACAGAGCGUGUGGAACGUGAACUAGCCGCUGCACGGGGACAUCUUCGCGAACUCUGUGCGAGUCACGAACAACUUACACAACAGCUCCUCGCUCCUCAAUCAUCUGACCAAGACUCGCGGAACAUAGAAGGUCUCUUGUCCGAUCUCCAACGUGCGAACCAACGCGCUGCGCAAGCCGAACAUAAUAUGGUUCUACUCCGUGAAGAAGUAGACAAAACAAAAGCGAGUGAAGCCAAAGCUACUGCUGCCAGGAUCAGAGCCAUGGAAGAACACAUGACAAAACAGGUUGAAGCACAUGCUCAACAGAUUCGUUCGCUUGAGCAAGCGCGGGACGCUGCACGUAUUCAGAACGGUAAAGAACGAGACUUGCUUGCACAACGCCUGCAAGCCGUUAUGGAAGAAAAAGCCCAAAUCCAAGAGGCACUAGUACAGCGCUCAGACUAUGCAGAGAUAAAGCGCGAGCUGGACGUUCUACGUGCGGUUGAGUUUGCAGGAGAUGAGAUGGAGUCUUUACAAGAAGGUGACUCUUCAUCCCUUGAAUCACAACUGGUACGGCGGAAUCACCGCUUGCAAGACGAACUUGCAACGAUGCGUGCCACGUUGGCAGAUGCGCAACGAAGUUCGGCUGCCACGCAGCUGGAGAUGGAAGAACAAGCUCAGCGUAUCUCGGAUCUCGUGACAAAGAACACACAUCUUGAGAAGGAUCUGUUAGGCGUAGCAUCCUCUGGGGGGCACCUACAGUCUGAUAUGAAGGAUCUCAUACCUAUUGUUACGGGUCAGCGCGACCGAUUCCGUGCACGGAAUGCUGAGCUGGAAAACUCUCUGCGCACCCAAAAUCAUGCAAUGACAGAAUUGCGCUCUGAAAUCAAGCGUUUACAAGCAGAUAAUGUCAGCAUGUACGAGAAGGUACGAUACUUGCAAGGCUACGGACGCCAUCAGGCUUUAGACGCGCCCCACUCUCCCACAAAGCCCAUGGAGGCAGAGGAAGCGUAUCGCGUCAGAUACGAAGCAUCUAUUCAUCCAUUUGAGGCAUUUCGUGACAGAGAGCAUACUCGCGCGAUUGCCUCCCUCGGUCCGGUGGACCGUCUGAUUCAUAUGCUCGCUAGUGGCAUUUUAGCCAACUCAUAUUUGCGCUGGGUCUACGUCGGCUAUAUGGCUAUGCUUCAUCUAAUUGUAUUUUUCAUGCUUCUGGAGGCGGGUCACAGAGUUGCCCAAGUUUGA